AUGCGAUUCCGAAGCUAUUGCCCUUGCGUUGGCAAGAUCGGUGCUUUUAGCGCUGUUAUUGUUUGUGUCGUUGGUAGUGAUGACAUUGCUGUUGAUGUUGCUGCUGUUGUUGCUUCACUUGUUGAUGACGUCGUUGAUGAUGGAGACGACGACGCCCAUUACGACGGCAAUGAUUGUGGUGAUUAUGUUGAUGAUCGUAAAGAUUAUGACGGGGAUGUUUACGACAAUGACAUAAAUCAGUGCGAAAACGACGGGGAUGACGAUCAUGUUAAUGCCGCCGGUGCGGUUCCUUUUGGACUGUCCUUAGUUGACGGCAAUGAUGACGGUGCCGGCCACAAUAGGCGAUGA